GCGCGCGAUCGCUUGAACGGACUCUGUAACGCGACGCGACAGUGGCGCACGAUGACUGAGCCCUAUGAACUGCUCCGCACGACUUGUGUGACGACCGGGCGCAAUUUAUCGUAGUCGCGGAGAAUUCGAGUCCACCCCUCGGCGCUAUCUUAUAUUCAUGUCCUCGACAGGCCCCGCGGCGAAGUCCUGCGAUGCCGCACUCAAAACAACGUGAGUCGUUCUCUGUCAACGAGCGCCGUCGCUCCAGUUCCGCGGGUUUCCACAGCUGGGGUUGAAAACUCUGCUCGGUGUUGUGCGGUGCUGGUAUCCUGUGUCGAACAGUCGCCAUGAACUGGAUUAGACGCUUACCGUGGCGCACCAGAGUUUUGACGUGCGUCGUGGGGCUCGUCUUCGCCGGAACACUCCAGGGCACUGCGGAGGACAUUCUGGAUGAAGAGCUGCCGCCGUUUUUCUCGGAGGUGAUACCAAACGUCACUGUGCCUCGUGGGAGAGACGCCAGGAUCCCCUGCGUCAUCGACAACCUUGGAUCGUACAGGCCGGCGUGGAUCAAGGUGGAGGACAAGGGAAUCCUGAGCAUUCACCAGCAGGUGAUCAGCCGAAACUACCGCAUCUCCCUCAGCACCAGCGACAACCGGCACUUCGUGCUGCACAUACGGAACGUGCAGGAGUCAGACCGCGGUGGCUACAUGUGCCAGAUCAACACGUCGCCCAUGAUGAGCCAGGUCGGAUACCUCGACGUGCUCGUGCCGCCUGAUAUAGUUGUCGAAGAGAGCAGCUCGGACGUGGUGGUUCGCGAAGGUUCUAACGUGACACUGACCUGCAAAGCGCGUGGUUACCCGCGUCCCACCAUCACCUGGCGUCGGGAAGACAACGAACCUAUCCCGCUCGGCGCAUGGAAGAACGGAAAGAAGACGCAAACGCUGGUUCAAACCUACGAAGGCGAGUACCUGACCGUGACCCGAGUGAGUCGGGUACACAUGGGCGCCUACCUGUGCAUCGCCAACAACAACGUGCCCUCACCUGUCAGCCGAAGGAUCAUGCUGCACGUGCACUUUCCACCAGUGAUCUGGAUUCCGCUCCAGCUCGUGGGGGCUCCACAGCGUGCAAACGUCACACUGGAUUGCCACAGCGAGGCGUACCCUCCAGCGGUCAACUACUGGGCCAAGGACAACCAUAAGAUCUUCCUGGACAAUGAGAAGUACUCACUGAGCGUGCGCAAAGGCGGCUACAAGGCCCACAUGCAGCUAGGCGUAAGGCAGCUGCGCGAGCGAGACUUCGGCACCUACCGCUGCCUCUCUGAAAACCUGCUCGGCUCCACCGAAGGCUCCGUCAAGCUCUACGAGCUUUCGCCACAUUCCCGGCAGCAGCAAAGCUUGGAUUCUCACCAAGCGGAUAGGCAUCCGUACGGCCGAAGUUCCUACCAUGAUGGGAAAUAUUUCGCCUCCGAAGACGGCUUCUCUGAGGAUAACGAGCCCAAGGAUGGUACCUCACAAGACACAAGCGGCGGCAUUUCAGUCUUCGACGGCUUCCGUGCAAGGCUCGUGCCUCUUCUACUGGUGCUCCUGUGCGCGAUCUGAAAGAGAACGCUGGGCGUGCUAGCCGUGCGAGAUGUCCUGUGCGGAUAGCAGUGAGCUAUCGUCGUCUUCAGUGCGGUGGACACUAUAGAGACGACGCUGUGUGGAUACACCUUUUGUUUUAGAGUUUAUUAAAAAACGGCUGAGUGUUUUCUGGUGUC